AUGAAAGAAAUCCACCCUGCUGCCAACUUACCUGAAAUGAAUACGGUUAAGGAGCGCGGCGGCUCGGCGGCUCUCCCCAGUGAGUCGCUGCAGAUUUCAGGCGGAUUGGACCGUUCCUUGCUUCUGAACCUCCACUGCCCCCUAGUGGCCGCUCUCUGCCAUGUGUGUGCAGUGUAUUCGUAUGUAGAUGUGGGCUGUGUAAAGAAGAGGUUCUGUGCCAGGGUUGAAGCGAUCCUCGUCAACAUUUUCGGGGGAAUCGUGAACUGUGCCAUAAUCGCCAACGGCAUCACCAAAGCCUGUCGAGAGCUGGAACUCAAGGUCCCGCUGGUGGUCCGGCUCGAAGGAACCAACGUGCACGAGGCCAAGAGGAUCCUGUCCGAGAGCGGUCUGCCCAUCACUGCCGCAGACGACUUGGACGAUGCGGCGAAGAAAGCAGUGGCUGCCACCACGAAGUAG